GUCGGCUGACUGCCAGAGCCUGCUAAUGCUGGUUAGAAGGAGAAAUUCCGCUUGGCCGGUCGCCACCCAGAGCCCCAACCGCGCGGUCCUCCCCGGCUGACAGGUGAUUAGAAGGGACCCAGAGCUCCCUCCGGGUGGGCGGGGCUCGGCCUCCGUAGAGCUCCACACCCCCCCCCCGCCCGCUAGUGCGCCUGCGCAGCAGCUCUGACGCCGGCCCGAGCCCCGCCCCCUCCCGCCGAGACCACGGGCUUGGGGGCGGGGCCUGGGCACAAGAUGGCUGCCGCGCGCCCGGAGCCCCCGAGUCCGAGCUCAGCGGCCCCGGAGCCGCGAUCCCCGGAGACGCCGGACCUGGUCCUGGUGCCAGAUGAUGGCCGGCCCGCCACACCCCCGAGUGACCUCAUCGAGAUCCAGGUGGUGAAGGUUACGGACACCACGCUGGUACCUGAGCCCCCGGAGCCAGGUUCCCUCCACUGUGCCUUGUGCCCAGCUGCCUUCCGGCUGGUGUCUGAGCUGCUGUUCCACGAACAUGGCCACCUGGCGGGGGCUGAGGGCGGCGGGCAGGGUGGGGACCCCAGCCGGUGUCAUGUGUGUGGCCACAGCUGUCCGGGCCCCGCCAGCCUCCGCGCGCACUACAGCCUGCACACGGGGGAGCGGCCCUACCGCUGCGCCCUCUGCCCCCGGGCCUUCAAGGCCCUGGCGCCUCUGCUGCGGCACCAGCACCGACACGGGGUGGAGCCGGGGAGCUCUCAGAGGCCCCCGGAGGCGGCGGCGGCUCGGGAACAGAGGCCCGGGGUGCCCCAGGAGAGGUCGGAGGUGGUGAUGGCGGCGGCGGCAGCGGGCGCGGCGGUGGGGAAGCCUUUCGCCUGCAGGUUCUGCGCCAAGCCGUUCCGCCGCUCAUCAGACAUGCGCGACCACGAGCGGGUGCACACGGGCGAGCGGCCCUACCACUGCGGCAUCUGCGGCAAGGGCUUCACCCAGUCCUCGGUGCUCAGCGGCCACGCGCGCAUCCACACCGGGGAACGCCCCUUCCGCUGCGCCCUGUGCGAUCGCACUUUCAACAACUCCUCUAACUUCCGCAAACACCAGCGCACCCACUUCCACGGGCCAGGGCCAGGGGUGGGGGACUCUGGCAGCCAGCUGGCGUCCGGGGCCGAGGAGCCAGGGAGUGGCUGUGGGGCAGGAGACAGUCUGGAAGAAGGCCAAGGGGAGACGGCAAAGGUGAAGGUGGAGGUCGCCCAGUAGGCUGGGAGAGCAGGGACAUGGGGGCAUCAACGUGGGAAAUAGGAGGCACAUUGCAAGGGAGGGGGUGGGUGGGAAAAGGAGGCAGGAGAGAGGAGAUGGGGGUAGAGGUGAAAAGAGCUAACAGUGAUGGCCAUGAGCAGCUAGUACAGGAGAACAGGUUUCGGGACACCCACAGACCCAUACAGCACCUCCAUGAGACUCAGAAAGGCACAGACACAGACUUGUGGAUGCCCAGGUACGUGUGAGGAACACAGGCUGGUUUUCAUGCCCAAGCUGCCUGCUCGUUUGGUUGUCCUCAUGCAAGACACAGUUUGUCCCCACAGAGCCUGGGCACCAAAGAGGGUGAGCCAGGGUUGAAUGGAAGGGGCAGAACUGGGGUCAGUCCUUCAUCUACAGAACCCUGGACUAUCUUGGGGGCCUAGGGUGGACCAGGAUGGAAUCUUUUGCCUACCUCACUGGAUUGCACUGAACCUGGGAUGCCUACUCACCCUCAGGCAGAAGACACCCACCAGGUCCUCCAUGAAGAGACUCUGGGAUCCCAUCACCUCGAAGCCAGAGGGUCCCCAAGUCCUAGCUGAGAGCACUUGAGCCUCAAGGAUGUAAGCAUGACCCUAAGGAUCUUGACUCUAAGAGUUGCUCCCUGCUCCCAUGGUGGGCCCUCCUUAACCCACUGACUCUGAGGCAACAACAUUACAACAGACACCAAACAGCCACCUAAUACCCCAUCAUAGGCCUUUAGGUUCAGAGCCCAUGGCCCCCAGGGCUACAGAGUAGCCUCAGUUUUCUCUGAUCUCCUCCACUCCCUGUUUGAAGCAAACAGCUUACUGCCUGACCCAAUGCUAUCCCACGGAAGUGUUGGGGAAGGCAGCAUGGUGGGCUGGCCUGUGUAUGGCAGGUGUGGAAUGAACUGAGUCACUGUGGCGGGGGCAAAAGGAGGACCUGGGAGCUGGAGGUGGGGAGCCUCCAGUUCUAUUAAAGGACUUUCUGAAGGGUCUCUGUCAGUCUUGUGUUUUGGGGGUGGGAGUAGAGGGUCCACACUGUGGUCUUGCCAGGAGCAGUGAAUUGCAGAUCUCUCUCCAAAUCUCUGUUUCCUCAUCUUUACAAUGGGGGUGGACAGUGUCUGGCUCUUCAGAGAUGUUGUGUGCUUCACCUGUGGGAAUGGGUAUCAGGGGAAGUUUGACAAAAUGAAGGGACUCCAGUGAUCAGUAUAUUUAUCAACAAGGGAGAGCCCCGGAUUUGCUCACCUUCCUCUUUCCCAGCAUCUCCCCCGAGAUAGCCCUUCGAGAGGUCAGAGCACCAACAGAACUCAUUCUGUUUUCUCCAAAGAAACACCUGUGUUUCCUGUCAUUGGCCUCACCACCCAAGCUAGAGACCUGGGCAGACUCUUUAAGUCGCCUUGAUCCCUCAUCCACUUAUCUAAUCCCUGCCUUCAUCCUUUCCCUGCUGUUGAGCUGGUUAAGUAUCUUUGGAAUCUAAACACUUUCAUUGUCACUACUCUUGCGGGCCAAGCCAACAAUGAUCCCACAUUUGAAGAGCCACGCGGCAGCACGGGCUCUUCCAAAAACACAGAUCCCCACCUUGUUACCAAUCCACUACUCCUUGUAGCUUCAAGAUGGGAUCGCAAGCCUGAGUGCUUGUACGCGCUGGGUGGCAAUGUAAAUGUAUGAGGGAGGUGGCUGGGUGAGACGGGAAAGUGCCAGCACCAGGGAGGGGAAAUGGCAGAAUUUGGUGGCAGAUUAGAGAGAGGGCAAUGGUUACUCAGCUCUGGGAGAGUGCAGACCGGGUUGCUAGAUCUCCCCAAUUUUUCAGAGGUUGCAUUAGUUCAUAUUAUGCAAAAUCCUUUGAUUUUCAAAUGUCGGCAACUAAGUCAAACUUUAUUAUUAAUUUUUUAAUGCAUGGGCUAAACAAAGGAUGUCAGUGGCUUGCCUCCAGCAGCUGCCAGCUUCUGGCCUCUGGCCUACAAGAUCAUCCAAGCUCUACUGUUUGGAAUUCAAAGCCCUUCAGGAUCCCGCCUCCCACACCGCCCCCCCCACCCAACCU